UCGAUCUUUCCGUGACCCUUACAAUAUACUUUACUCUGUUAUAAUGGAUUACAUUAUAACAGAGUAAAGAAAAAAAACAUUAAAUUGCUUGUAAUAUAAAAACAACAAAAAACUUUUAUAAGAAAAGUUUGAGUACAUGUUCAACAUGGUUAUAACUGUGGUUAUAACGUUAUGAAUCGCGACUUUGUGUACAACCAUGAGGACAGACCGACAGCGUGGUCUCGAGCGGGGAGUACGAUCAACAAGUGGCUGUGGGGGGCUCUGUGCUGUGGCAUGCCGGGGAUCCCAUGUUAUUACUGCACGUGCUGUGAAAAGAUGGAUGACGCUUCAGACCAAAACCGACCGAGAGUUAACCAAGCCACGGCCACAGCGGAGAGGAUGACUCGACCGCAUCGACCUCACGCACCUCACGGGCGGAAGUCAACCCCUGAGAUGCUGUCAGCCGUGCGAUGUGCCCUCUCUCAACUCCAGGGCGAACCCGCACCAGUUCUGCCGAACGCCUCACAGACCGCACCGAACACUCCUGAACCUGGAUAAGCUAGGACUGCGACAUAUAGUUCAAUAAGAAGUAAAUCCUAUUGCUGUUUUGGAAACGGUCUUCCUUCUUUUAACAUUUAAAUUCUUGCCUGAUCUCACUGGAAUAUACUCAAAAAGCUAUGUACCUUACAAAAUCAGCAUUCCAUGGCAUUUCUUUAGCUUUCGGAGUGUCCUAUCCAUUAAACAUGACUUAGAGUUUGCCUUCACAAAAGCGGUUAGUUUAAUUUAAUUUACUUUUUUAACAAUCACUGUACAGUGUCCUUAU